AUGGAUUCUCCAGGGCCUGUCGACUCCGAGGGAGCGUCUGCGGUCCAAAUUUCCAUUGUACUGGAUUCCAAACCUCUACAGACUUCCUCACCCCUCGAUCCUCUGCCAGAGUCUGCCGACAACGAGAGAAGAGAGUUGAUCAAAAAGGUUGGUCAAAAAACAAAGCACGAUAAAGUUCCUGCAGCCUACUGGGCAUGUCUCUGGCUUGCGGAUAUUGAGUCACUUCGAGGGCUUGUCCAAAUGGCGUCCAAUACGAUCGGAAGCUCGGCUCUCACCGUAACACAAACGUCUAAUAUGAUUCCCUACUCCUUAAGGGCAUGGCAAGCGAGGACAAGGACUUUUACAAAUCCCGAAACAACGACUACGAUCCCGAGCAAGCGGAAGGUGUCUGAUGAGAAGCAAACUACACGGGACUGGAACGCCAAGAAGGCUUGCAUGCAGCGUGAUGGUGCUCGUUGCGUUAUCACUGGAAAACAGAGAAUUUCGGUCGCUCAUAUUGUCCCAUUCGCCCUUCACAAGCAUGCACAAACCGAAAAGUCAAAGGAGUUCUGGCAGGUGCUUGGCAUGUUUUGGACCGAGUCAAAGGUUAAAAGAUGGAUGGAUACAGUAUCGAGUGCAAAGGGCACAGAGAUCUGCGAAAAUUUGAUCUGCUUGAGUCCCGAUAUCCACCUGGCGUGGGGAUAUAAUGACUUUGCACUUGAGCCAAUCGAUAUCGUUGACGAAGGCCAUACAUUUAUCACGAGAUUUUACUGGCUACCGAAAAACGAACCAGGCCAUGUUUUGAUCAAUUCCCCGCCGAUUAUCAAGCUUUCCCGGCCCGAUCAUACUGAUCCGAUCCUGUUCGAGAACCCCGAUAUGUCCGUGCACAAGAUGCAAUCCGGUGAUCAAGUCCUUUUCCAUACCGCAGAUCCUAUGACUCACCCCUUGCCAUCAUGGGAUCUUAUGUCAAUGCAAUGGGUUUUACACAGAAUUUGUGCACUAAGUGGCGCAGCUGAGACCACGGAUGACAACAGCGAACCGGAUUCAGACGAUGACCUUGCUUCCGAAAUCGACACUGACGAAGAGAUGGACGUCUCCGACAUGGAGUCUGAGUCUGAGUCUCACGACAACGAUUUCGAGUCGCCUCUGGCGUUCCAGGGUAGAAACCCCAUGAAUAUACCCCGUCCAGUACCCAAACCCAGCACAACAGAAGAUUCCCCCGCCCGCCGGUCCUUCUCUGAAGUGAGCGUCAACGCAUCUAUCUCCCGCCAAAGCUCACCUGCCCGUGAUAAGACAGGACAGAACAUCGCAUUGCUCCCUUCUGUUCCGAGUCCCAGAGGCAGAGAGAACAUCUUACCUUUUCGCCCAACGCUUACGAGAGACCGUACAUUGCUGUCCCCAGAAACAAAGUCUGGUGUCUCCGAAUCGUCCGUCGACAGCAAUUCCGCGAGCUUUUUGACAGAAGCACAAGAUCACAUAGAGUUUUGA